CGGAAGUGACGCCCCCGGAAGUCGGAGGCGGAUCCGGCCGGCCGAGGGGGCGUUGUCGGGAUGGUUCCGCGGCUGCCGGAGCCCGGCGAGCGGCGCUGAGGGCGGCGGCGGGGCAGGGAGCGGUCUCUGAGGGUCUUCUGGGUGGUUGAGCAUGGACCCAGUGGCUACUCACAGCUGCCAUCUCCUCCAGCAGCUGCACGAGCAGCGCAUCCAAGGCUUGCUUUGUGACUGUAUGUUGGUCGUGAAAGGAGUGUGCUUUAAAGCACAUAAGAAUGUUCUAGCAGCUUUCAGCCAGUAUUUUAGGAGCCUCUUUCAGAACUCAUCAGGCCAAAAAAGUGACGUUUUUCACUUGGAUAUUAAAAAUGUAAGUGGCAUUGGGCAGAUCCUGGACUUCAUGUACACUUCUCAUCUGGAUCUUAACCAGGACAAUAUACAAGUAAUGCUGGACAUAGCACAGUGUUUGCAAGUUCAGAAUGUUCUGAAUCUGUGUCACACAUUUUUAAAAUCAGCCACUGCAGAGCAGCCCCCGGGCGUGUCCUGUAGCAGCGCGUUCUCCCUGCAGAGCGCCCUGCCCGCCGACGCGCACUGUGGCGCGAGUGAAGGCUACCCUCAUCUGCUGCAGGAGUGUCCCGCUGACGUUCAGCCGAGCAAAGUUCUGGAUGAGUCACACGCUCACGCUCCACCGUCUGUUCAUCUCCAUCACUCCGCAGGGGAGGCGUCCAAGCAAGCGCCCGACCCGCUGGCUGGCACCUGCCCGGAACUGCCUUUCAGACAGCCGAGUUACUACUACAAGCUCAGAAACUUCUACAGCAAGCAGUACUACAAACAGGCCGCGUGCCCGGGUCACGAGAGGCCGAGUGAGCAGCCCUUCGCUUUCGGCGCAGCCGCAGACCUCGGGGCCGGCGACAACCAGGCUUGCGCCGGCACUCACUCCGAGUGCGUCCUGGAGUCUUCAGAGCACUUGCCUUCCCACUUCUUGGCCCAGCCCUUGAGUGACUCGGCCCCAGACCCUGAGUCAGACAACCCGUGCCAGCCGCCCACCAGACAGAUGAGGCUCAAAAAGGCCAUUCACCUUAAGAAGCUAAAUUUCCUCAAGUCCCAGAAAUCUGCAGAGCAGCCAUCGGAAGCCAAGCCGGAUGACGGCUUCGCGAAGACGGUAGAAUGUGCUAGUGCAGAUACUACAGAGAAAGCCAGCAGCCACGGUGCCGAAGAGAAAGAAGGUGAAGAACUCAUCAGGUCUGAGCGUUUGAACUGCAUUAGCGAGCCGGAGAGGCCCGAAGAGCCCACGGCGCUGGAGGACCAGUCCCAGAUGCUUCAGUCACAGAGACAGUACACGUGUGAAUUGUGUGGGAAACCUUUUAAACACCCAAGCAAUUUGGAGCUUCACAAACGGUCACAUACAGGUGAGAAACCUUUUGAAUGUAACAUUUGUGGGAAACAUUUCUCUCAGGCAGGUAACUUGCAGACUCACUUACGUCGGCAUUCUGGUGAAAAACCAUACAUCUGCGAAAUCUGUGGAAAGAGGUUUGCAGCGUCUGGUGAUGUCCAGCGUCACAUCAUCAUUCACUCGGGAGAGAAGCCACACUUGUGUGACAUCUGUGGGCGAGGGUUCAGUAACUUCAGUAACUUGAAGGAGCACAAGAAGACACACACGGCCGAUAAAGUCUUCACGUGUGACGAAUGCGGCAAGUCCUUCAACAUGCAGAGGAAGCUGGUGAAGCACCGGAUUCGGCACACGGGGGAGCGGCCCUACAGCUGUUCUGCCUGUGGUAAAAUGGAGGCAUUGCGGUUUCUUUCCCACCUCAUGUGGUGGUGCGUUCAGUCCUGCGUUCACGUAUGUUCCUGGGAGGUGUCCAGAGCUGUCCUAAGGUGCUCUGCGGACAGAGCCCCGGGUACCGCGCGCUCCUGGUCAGUGGGGUGUAGACAGGUGGGAAAGUGUGGGAGCGUGGUGUGCCGCCUGAAGAGCCAGGUGUGGGGGCUGCAGGUGGACUGUCCUGCAGGAGCGUCGAGAGCACAUGAUGGGGUCAAGGAGGGAGGGCUUCUCGGGAUCCUGUGUUACGAAACAAAGGAGCCUCCUGCGGGCAUUUGGUGCAGCAGCGAAGUCACGGGAGGAGAGGGAAAGCUGGCAGCCCUUGCUGUCAGUGUGCAUCACUGUGCACGUGAGCACUGGGCUCAGCGUUAGUGCCCUGUGACCUGUGAUCCCAGUGUUUGAGCUUCUGAAGAACUGCGUGUGUGUGUGUGUGCACGUGUGUGCACAUGCGUGCCUGUGACAAGUGACAGCGUGAACUGGAUCAUGGAGGAGUGAGGGAGUGACCGUGUGUAUGGUCUCCUGGUGAGAACACAUGGGAAGCUGUGGGGUCCGGCCGUGGGAAGGCUGCAGUGGAGCGUUCCUCAGAGCGCUCACUCUGCCGGGAGCGGGCAUCCCAGGGUGGGCCUUCUGGCUUGUAGCCGCAAGGGAGCUUCGUUUUUAUCUCCCACUGGAGUUGUGUACAGCUCUCCUGGAUACGCAUUUAGGCAAGUCUGCGACUGUUCUCAUUCCUCUUUAUUAAAAUAAAAUCGUGUUGGGGCGUGUGGUAGUGCAGUCGGCUGGGCGUCCGACUCUCGAUUUUGGCUCAGGUCAUGAUCUCAGGGUCGUGAGAUCGAGCCCAGUGCUGGAGCUCCGCGCUCACCGUGGAAUCUUAGAAUAUUUUCAUCACCCCAAAAAGAAACUCCAAGCCCAGUAGCAGUCACUCCCUGUUACCACGCUCCAGCCUAGGCAACCAUUAACCUACCUCCUCGUUCUGGGUCUGCGUGUUCCGGACAUCCCACAUAAAUGGAACCCUCCAGCGUGUGGUCUUCCGUAACUGCCUUCUUUCACUUAGCAAAUCUGCUGUGAACAUUCUUGUAUAGUUUGUGUGGGUGUGUUUUCGUUUUCUUGAGUUCAGAAGACGGGUUCAGUUUUAAGAUGGCUUCACAUCCUGGGCUUUUCGGGGAAUAGCGCUCCCCCUCUUCCUUUACCCCUCCUUCCACCCCCCCCCAUUUCGUGCUUCUUCCAAGGACUCCCUCUGUUUCCCUCCCCUCUCUUCCUUUCCCAGCAUUUCUCUGCACUUUCCAAGGCACAGAUGUUCAUUGUCCUUCAGCCCUGGGUCCUAGCAGUUUACUCAGGAGACUUCUCUGUCCGAGUCUCCUUGCCCCCUGGGCAGUCCUCUUAGGCUGGAUCGAGGAUGGCUCCAGGCAGCUCGCUUGCAAGCACAGCCCUUGUCCGGUCUGUGGAAACGCCGUGUCCUGUGUUGCCGGGGACUUCAGGCCACAGCCGUGCAGGGGACCCUCCUGUCUGCCACCAGCACAGCUGGCCAGCUGUCUCACUGGAUUUCCCAGGCAGGAGGCAGGAGGCAGAUGCCACACCUUGCUGUGAGGACAGCUGUGAUGUCUGGCUCCCUUGUCUUGACUGGUGGGAUCAAAGAGAGACACCGCCCCUGGUCCUCUCCUGGCGGGAACUCCGCUGUGGCUAAAAUUCACAUGCUUAAGGACCCUAGAAAAGAUUAUUCCCGUUUGCCCAGUAAUUCCACUAUGGAGAAUUUAUUUCAAGGAAGCAGUGAAAAGAAAAUGUUAAGUGAAGAUGAAGUGUAGUAGCAAAGGGGGGUGCAAGCCACCCAAACGUGCGGCAGACGGAGGGGGUGGUUAUGAAAUAGCACCUAUGUGUGAACCGUAUGUUUUAUAGACAGCGCAGGAAGUGGUGAAAGUGCUAUUACUGGGGUGUUCCAUGAAGGAAAGCCAGCCUGACGCUGCGGGCCAGGCGUAGACGUGAAGACACAGAGUCACGAGGUGUGCCUCGGUAGGCUGUGUGGGGAGGAGGGGCCAGAAUGUAAUGCGUGUGUGUGGACACCUAGUUUAUUGUUCAGAGUGCGUUUUUUUAGUGGUCCCCCACUGCCUGACGAGGGCAGAAUAGCUGAGCAUUCACACGAUAAGGGAGAAGUUCUAAAUAUGUGUCCACUAACUGCGAUGUGUUCUCAGUGCUCCGUAAAUGGUGGUGUCUUCUGUAAGGUUAUUUAUUGAGGUUGAAGUUAUUAGCUGACCUUCUCACCUGCCCUGAUCCCGGAAGUAGAUCCCCUCCCUCUGUCACAUACACAGAAAGGUAAUAGAACCGGGAGAAGUGUGUGUGAAAUGAUAUUAAAAGCAAAAAGGUAUUUCUCAAUUAUAGAUUGGCCAUGGUAGAUUUAUGAAAAUUUAAGCAAAACCAGUGAGGUUUCCCAGCACGGGCCAGUAGGGGCAGGCAGCUCGGCUUGCCAGCGAGGCGCUCCUGUGCAGGGAGACGGGGGCUCUCGAAGGCUCACGCUGAGGUACCCACAACCCAAAGGCUGCUUGCAGGUCGGAGGGACGCAGCUGGAGAAGAACGGAGGAGCCUUCCAGAGUGAGCAGGUGACAGGAGGGCUGGAGUUCGGGCACGCUAACGCAGAGUCGUGUUUUGGAAGGGGGAGGGGGAACGUCCUUCCAGAACGUCCUCCUCUAAAAGGAUCCCUUGUUGGUUUUGCAGGAAAGUGUUUCGGGGGGUCUGGCGACCUCCGCCGGCACGUGCGCACGCACACCGGGGAGAAGCCAUACACGUGCGAGGUGUGCAGCAAGUGCUUCACGCGCUCAGCGGUGCUGCGGCGGCACGAGAAGAUGCACCACAGGCCC